AUGACUAAUCAGUUUGGGACCGGUAAAAAUCCACCAUGGGCCAGACAAGACUUCACAAACCAGGCCAUGACGGGGAUAUUGCAGACAAACAUCUCCUACCCUUACAGCCAGGCACAGCCAUCGUAUGGUGCUCAGCAGUUGCCAGCAGCGCCUUCACAAGCUACUAUGCUGACUCCGGCCGGAAUGGCACUUCCGACCACGCUGACCGGAACCAGUGGCCAGGUGGGAAGUUUAAGCUAUCCACUGAAGCCACAGAAUGCUACGGCAGCCAUUACCAACCAGAAGCAGAGGAUCUUCACUGGAAUUGUCACCAAACUGCAUGAGAAUUUUGGUUUUGUAGAUGAGGAGGUCUUCUUUCAGAGCAGUUGUGUCAAAGGGGUCAUCCCAAAAGUUGGAGACAGGGUACUGGUGGAAGCGGUCUACAAUGCCAAUAUGCCUUUCAAGUGGAAUGCCACUAAUGUCGUUUCUUUGACAGAAACAGUAGCAGGCACCCAGAUAAUAACCCUCAACCAACAGCAACAGCAGCAGCAGCAGCAACAGCAGCAGCUGAAGGCUAUGCAGCAACAAGCUCUCAGCAUAUUUUCUGGCCCUGGCAUCAUUGGCAGCUUAUCAAAUAUAGUUGGCGGGCAGGGCCUCAGUAAUCCACCUGGGUCUCAGUCUCUCAUGUCUGGGCUGGGGAAGUUUACCAGCGGGGGAAUGUUUACUGCUAGUAACCGUCCAGGCAUCAACACAGGACCUGGUUUACUAGUCGACCCGGUGCCAAGAGGGUCUUUAAAAGAUCAGAGAAGUUUAUCUAUGGGAGGUCAGGCUGCUCAUAGCAGUCUAAAAGAAAGAGAGAAGAGGGAGAGGGAGCGCAGGGAACGACGUGAAGAAAGACCAAAACACUCCAGGUCUCCCUUGAAGAGGUCUCGCUCGCCACCACCGAGAUUACGCAGCCCUCCGAAGCGUAAGGCUGUCCCACAGCCUCCUAGAUAUGUGGUGCAGGUGCCUAAAAUUCUUUUAGAUGUGCAGGAAUCUUGUGUGAUGUCACUGAAGAGCAAGUACGGCAACCUGUACAUCCCCAGCGACUUCUUCCACACCUCCUUCUCCUGGGUGGAGAACUUUCCCCUGACACAUCCUUUCACCCUGGGCAAGUCCUGCAGCUUUCAGAUCAUGCACAAAGAUGUGCCCCCAGUCAAGAAAGAGCAGGUUGAAUAUGAGCCCGAAGAUGCAGACUACCUCUUCAGUGCUAAGGUGAUGCUCCUGGCAAGUCCUACCGAGGAAGAACUGUACAAGAAAUCAUGCUGCCUUGCCGAAGACAUGCCAGAUUGCAUGGACAACUUCCAGCAUCCCACUCGCCUUCUCCAGUUCCUUGUGGGAACUCGUGGCAAGAAUGAGCCGAUGGCCAUUGGGGGCCCUUGGUCUCCGUCUCUAGAUGGCCCGAACCCACAGAGCAACCCGCAUGUUCUCAUUAAGACUGCCAUUCGAACCACCAAAGCUUUGACAGGGAUCGACCUCAGUUCAUGUACUCAGUGGUACCGCUUUGCAGAGAUCCGCUACUUCCGAGCUGAGACUAAGCACAAGGAGCGGGUGCAACCCGCCCGGGUGGAAACUGUCAUCAUUUUCUUACCAGAUGUGUGGAUCUGCAACCCGACCCGCCAGGAGUGGGUUGCCAUCGAGGCUGCCUAUCAGAAACAGCUGCAGCAGAGGCUCAACCCCAGCCAACAACAGGGAGAGGAAGAAACUGAGGAACAGGAGGCGGCCACAAAACCUGAGCCAAGCCAUUAUUCUGCUCUUGACCUGAAGGUUAUGAAGGUAGGAGAAAUGCAGCGUGAGCUGGAGCUUCGAAACCUGAAUGCCAAGGGAUUGAAGUCACAGCUGGUUGCUCGGCUGACGAAGGUGAUUAGGUUAGAGCGGGAUGAGCAUGAAAGCAAAGAGAUUGCUGCUGAGGUGGAAGUGACCAAAGAAGAAGAAGAUGUCAAGACAAACGAUGAGGAUACUGAUGCCGGAAGUAAAAGACGAGAGGAUGAUGAACUGAAGAGAAAAGAAAAACGGGAAAGAGCUGUGCUAGAGCGACGAUACAAAUUGUCGGAGACUCCUUCAGUGCUGGUUCAUCCAUCUGCCACUGCCAAGGGCAGCAAAUUUGACUGCUCAGUGAUGUCCCUUAGUUUGUUGUUAGAUUACAGGCCAGAGGACAGCAAGGAACAUUCCUUUGAGGUGUCUCUGUUUGCUGAGCUAUUCAACGAGAUGCUGAUGAGGGACUUUGGCUUUCAAAUUUACAAGUGUCUGGUUCAGGCUGCAGCUAGAGGGGACUGUGAAAAGAAACAGACCAAAGAUAAGGAGGAAAAGAAAGACAGAGAUGAAAAGGAUCAAGAGAUUAAGAAAGAGUCGGAGGAAGAUAACUGCAGCAAAGACAAGCCUGAUGAAUCAAGUCCAGCAAGCAAGAAAUCGGAGGAUCGGGAACCUAGCCCAAAAAGGGCAAAGUCUGGGCAGGGG